UAUUUGAUUGGAUAACGAAGGGUCCUAGUUCAGGCAUUAACCAAUCAAAACUAGUGUUUGUAAACUAAUCUUGGUUACGGUACCGGUAAAUUGACGACGGAAAGGCAGCAAGCUAGUAUUAGUAUUUAUCGUUUAUGAUCAGUAGUCAUCAAGAGGUAUUUAACUCCCCAAUCAUGGAGCAAGCGGUGCAACAGCAAGUCCUCAAGGCGGCUGAGAUAGUGGAAGACCAGGUGGACGCGGAGCUGCACCGUCUGGACAACAUGGACGCCGAUGAGGUGGAGCUUCUGCGCCAGCGACGCCUGGACGCCAUGAAGAAAGAGCAGCAGCGACGGCAGGAGUGGCUCGCUGCGGACCACGGCACCUACCAGGAGCUCCCCGACGAGAAGGCCUUCUUCGACCAGUGCAAGAAGAGCGAGAAGGUCGUGUGUCACUUUUACCGGGACGGCGCCUUCCGGUGCAAGAUUGUGGACAAGCACCUGGGGCUCUUGGCUCCAAAGCAUCUGGAGACGCGCUUUCUGAAGAUCAAUGCCGAGAAGAGCCCCUUCCUGGCCGAGAGGCUGAGGAUCGUCGUCAUCCCGACUAUAGCUCUGGUGAUCGGCGGCAAGACCAAAGACUACAUUGUUGGUUUUGACGAUCUAGGAGGUAAAGACGACUUCCCUACAGAGAUGCUGGAAUGGCGUCUGGGCUGUGCCGAUGUGAUCAGGUACAACGGCAACCUGUCAGAGCCUCCCGUUGCAGGCAGCUCCAGCAGCAAGAAAUCGCUCCUAGGACCUCAGAAGAAAAAGACCAUCAGAGGCGGCUUCGAUGACGACUCGGACUCAGAUCUUGAAUAGAUGGAACAGUUUUGUUUUUAUCCCCAUAUGUCUUGCAUAUAGUGCAGUUAAUUCUACUGCACAAACUGCCACCCCUGUGUAUCACGGACAACAGUUGAUGCUUUAUAAUACAGAGCUCAAUGUGGUUUGUAUUAUUUUAAAACAGGGCAUCGGAGUUGCUCCAACUGUAUGAUUUUACAUACACUACCAUAACAAACGGGGAGUUUAAAAAACCUUCGAGUCUAAAAUUAAAAAAGCUUAAGAGUCUAAAAACACCCAGACUCUAGCGGGAUGGGGCUGUACAUGUAGCUGUUUUGCUGGGGGAAAUCUAUACCGAUACCAAUACAGACUCCCUUCUGGCUAAAUUUGACGACAAGCGUUUUUAUUGCAGUAUGAAAUCUGUGCAUACGUACCCCUCUUUGGUGACAAAGUGAGUUGAAAGGCAGACUCUCUCAACUCUUUUGUCACCGUAAGCCCAGCGCCUAUGUAUUUAAUGUACUGGUUUGAGCAUAUUUUGAUGAAAUGAGCCGUGCAUACUCUGUGACAAAUGUGUGUGUGAACCAGUGCAUGGGACUGGUCACACAAUGUCACUGUCCCUGUUCCUGAACAGAGUCCAUAUUUAACCGAGUGAACAAAGGCUUUGUUUUAAAUGGUAAAUUGUUCAUGUAACUGCUGCUAGUCUGAUUGAGGUUAAGUCCUCAAUACAGAAAAUAUCGUGGGUAGCAGGAAAGCAUCAUUCCCAGCUCAUUGGUUUGGGACUUUUGGGACUUUUUUUUUUUUUUUUAACUAAUGCAUGAUAUGCCGCAUUGGUACUGUUUUAAGCUAAUGUGCAGUCACUUUUGGGGUCUCUAUGUCUCUCAUAUACAAACAUGUACAUUGUACCUGUGGUUAUUCUUGCAGUCUGGCUAUGUUCAUCUCCAUGUAAAUAGAGUUUCAUUAAAGGGAAUGUACAUUUGCUUUUGCUGCAAUUUUCAGCCAGUUGGAAAAAUACAGUUUUUCUUGAAAAUGUCAGCCCACCAGGAGCCACGAUUUUAAAGGCUGCUUUAGAAUGUCAGUCCCUAACAUUCAGUAACGUAUUUCAUGAUAAUACGAUCAUUUCGUUUUUUGAUGUUUGCAAAUGAUGUAUUUUCCCUUUAAAUUCUUAUGCGGAUUUUCAACUAUCAACAAAAUAACAACAUUCCCAGAUUUCUUGUACUAAAAUGGGUCCACAUGUGCAAGCUAGUACAUUGUGUAUUGUUAAAGUGUGGUCCAGUAUUGUUGUGUUAUGGGUAGAAGUUUUGGAACUUUACAUAUCAUGAUUUUUUACAUAAUGUAUGAUAUUCGUGACUUGCUCUAUGAUUUGUGUCGAGCUAACUUAUUUAACUUGCAAUAAAGCAAACUGCAGUGACUCAUAAUACCAUUGAA